UCCAUUAAUGCCCCGAGUUCUCCUCCCUCGGUUUUUACAUCCAUCACCCAUGCCCAUUGUUAUAUAGCAAAGCUUUUUUUAAAAAAAACAUUCAGCUCAUUUUCGACCGUGUGUUCAAACCUAACGCAAAGCAACCCCGAGAGGAUUAGGAAAAAAAUGAAAGCUCAAUCUCAUAUCGUCACCCUCUUCUCGUUUUUGUUUUUCUUGUUGUUCUGCGGUUUAGUUUGUAAGGUUGGAGGGGCGGAUUUUGCCAAAGAGUGUAGCCAGGAUUUCGAGAAGGUGGUGCAGUGCCUGAACUACGUGACGGGAAAAGCAAAGACGCCGACGGAGGAGUGCUGCUCUUCGGUGAAGGAAAUAAGGGACAGUAAUCCGGUGUGCUUGUGUUACUUUAUCCAGCAGACUCACAAUGGUAGCGAGCAGAUCAAGAAUUUGGGCGUCCAAGAGACUAAGCUGCUUCAGCUUCCUACUGCAUGCAACUUGAAAAACGCAAGCAUUAGUAAUUGCCCCAAGCUGCUUGGACUAUCACCUACCUCCCCAGACGCUGCAAUCUUUUCAUCAAAUGCUUCAACAGCGACGCCCACCUCUACUACUCCAUCGACAGGCACACCAUCGUCGGCUAAUGAGGCGAAUGUUGGAGACAGGCUUGAACCCCACUUGGUUGGCUUGAUGGCGAUGGCUUUUAUAACCAUCUUUCUCUUUGCAUUAAUCCCAGUUGGGUCUGCCUCCUCCACUUUUCUUCACUCACAAGGAUGAAAGGUUAUGCUAUCUAGCUAACACGAGCGACACUGAGCUUGCAAUAGGCUCCAUUGUCUCUGUUGUUUUGCUCCACCCUUUUAGAAAUCGGGACCUUGAUUUGUCUUUUGCAUCUUCUUCUUGUUUUCUGCCUCGUAAUCACCUUAAUCUUAACUUUGCUGUGUGUACCGUUCCGUAAUUAUCAAACCUUUUUUUGUUGUCACUAGUAGCAACUGUGUGUGUCCUGUUGCAGUGUCGCUUAUGUCUUUAUUUUGAUCUUCACUGCUCAAUAGUGUUAUGCUUGCAAAAAUCUAUGUUGGAGAUGAGGUCUGGCGGCUCUGGCCCACAAAUUUAUACCAAGAAUCGGGCCCUAUGGCCCACGAUCUUCCAAUAAAUUCAAGAUCUUCAA